AUGGCUCGUCUCCUCCGCGCCGCGCCUGGUAUCGCCGCCGCGGUCGUCCUUGCCGCACUGGUCGGGACUUCUUCGGCUCAGAUCGAGCGUCCGCCGCACCAGCCCAUCGGUGGCGGUGACCGCCUCAUCACAUGGAACGACACGCGGUCCGGAGAGUUCGCCGCCCGCUCGCGCUCCGUCAGCUGGAUCUCCGGCACCGACGAUGGCAGCUACAUCUACCUCGAUUCGUCCAGCGGUCUCGUAAUAGAGGACAUUGUUUCCGGCGACACCGAGGUCUUCGUACCGUCCGGAGAUCUUCCCUCCAGUUUCCGCGAGUAUUGGAUCCGUCCCGACUUGCAAAAGGUUCUCUUCGCCACCAACGACACCAAGCAGUACCGUCACUCCUACUUCGCCGACUACCUCAUCCUCGACGUUGCGUCUGGCGAGCUCACCCCGCUCGUCGACGACCAGGUCGGUGACAUUCAAUACGCCGAGCUGGCUCCCGUGGGCGACGCCAUCGCCUUUGUGCGCGGUAACAAUCUCUACCUGAAAAAAGGCGACGAGAUUUCCCAAAUUACCGCCGAUGGCGGCCCGGACAUGUUCCACGGCGUUCCCGACUGGGUCUACGAGGAGGAAAUCUUCGGUGGCCGCUCGACCCUGUGGUUCUCCCCCGACGGCGAGUACCUGGCCUACCUCAGCUUCAACGAGACGGGCGUCGAGAGCUUCACCAUCCCCUACUACAUGGAUGGCCAGGAUGUCGCCCCCCUCUAUCCUUACGAGCUCGAUCUCCGCUACCCCAAGGUCGGCACCACCAACCCCACUGUCGCCUUCACCCUCCUCGAGGUCGAAUCGGAGGAGGCGACGCCCCUCGAGGUCGACGCCUUCCCCGCGGACGAUCUGAUCAUUGGUGAAGUGGUCUGGCUCACCAGCAACCAUUCGAGCGUCGCCUACCGCGCCUUCAACCGCGUCCAGGACCAAGAGAAACUGGUCCGCGUCGGCGUCGACAUCAACGGCCUGACCUCUACCGUCAUCCGCGAGCGCGACGGGUCGGACGGCUGGCUCGACAACAACCAGGCCAUCGUCUACGUCGGCCGCAUCAACGGCACCUGCGACUCGUACUACCUGGACCGCUCCGACGAGUCGGGCUGGAACCACCUCUACCUGUUCCCCGUCAAGGGCGGCGAGGCCAUCCCCCUGACCAGCGGCGAGUGGGAGGUCACCAGCAUCCUGCACGUCGACACGGCCCGCCACCUCGUCUACUACCUCUCCACCGAGCGCCACAGCACCGAGCGCCACCUCUACUCGGUCUCCUACCCCAGCGGCCAGAAGAAGGCGCUCGUCGACGACUCCGUGCCCGCCUACUGGAGCGCGUCCUUCUCGGCCGGCGGCAGCUACUACAUCCUCACCUACCAGGGCCCCAACGUCCCCUACCAGGAGCUCUACUCCAUCGACUCGACCACGACCCCCGUCCGCACCAUCACCGACAACCAGGGGCUCGUCGACAAGCUCGCGGACUGCAGGCUGCCCAACAUCACCUACUUUGAGCUGGAGCACCCCGACGGCUACUCGUUCAACGUGAUGCAGCGGCUGCCGGCCAACUUCGACCCCAGCAAGAAGUACCCGGUCCUCUUCGUCCCCUACGGCGGACCGGGCGCCCAGGAGGUGCACAAGCGCUUCCAGGCCGUCAACUGGCGCACCUACAUCGCCUCGGACCCGGAGCUCGAGUACAUCACCUACACGGUCGACAACCGCGGCACCGGCUUCAAGGGCCGCGCCUUCCGCACGCUGGUGGCGUCGCAGCUCGGCCAGCUCGAGCCCCUGGACCAGAUCUGGGCCGCGCGGCACCUCAGCGCGCAGCACGACUUUAUCGACGCGGAGCACGUCGGCAUCUUCGGCUGGUCGUACGGCGGGUUCCUCUCGGCCAAGACGGUCGAGUACGACACGGAGGGCGUCUUCGCGUUCGCCUUUAUCGUGGCGCCCGUGUCGGACUGGCGCUUCUACGACACCAUGUACACGGAGCGCUACAUGAAGACCCCCCAGCUCAACCCGCAGGGUUACAACGAGACGGCCGUGUCCGACCCGGAGGGCUUCAGGAACCUCCGCGGCCACGCCUUCAUCGCCCACGGGCUUGGUGAUGACAAUGUGCACUAUCAACAUGCCGCUGCGCUCGUGGACUUGCUCGUCGGCGCCGGCGUCUCCCCUAGCAAGCUCAAUUUCCACGCCUACACCGACUCGGACCACAGCAUCGUCUACAACGGCGCCAGCACGUUCAUCUACAAGGAGAUGACGUCGUUGCUGUACAAGGAGAAGAACCGCGAGCCCGAGGCGCCGAAUCACCAGUGGAGCAAGAGGCGCGAGACGAAGCUAUAG